AUGAUCCGCUCCCUCACCACUCAGGAAGCUCGCGAUACAAAGCCGCGACACGGCCCCAUCGACGCCGAACCCGCCCGAAUUGACACAGAGCCUUAUCAAUCUCCUGAUGGCCAGUCUAGCAUUCGUCAGUUUCCAUUUGCCCAUGAUCCCUAUAUCGGCCUCCCCGUAUUAGGGGUGGGCAUGACUGGGAUUGUUUACGAGUCGGGACAAGACCGUGUUGUUAAGAAAGCUAGGCAAUUGCAGCUUCCAGACGCUGGUGAUGCCGAAUACAUGAACAAGAUCAACCAACAAACCCUAGAGAAUGAGAUCGAAGUCCUUGAACGCCUUGGCAGCUGCGAAGGAAUUAUCCCCUACUUCAAAAUAUCCCAGUAUGGAAUUGAGCUAGCCCGUGCGCAGGAGGAUCUGGAGUCCUACCUAGAAACCCAUCCAGAAUGCGAGGACACUUUGAAGGUUGAGUGGAUAUUAAGUCUUAUCCAGACUUUCUCAUAUAUCCACUCUUGCAAGGUAUUUGUGGAUGAUAUCGCUCUUCGGAAUAUUUUAAUUAUAGACAAUCAGCUUAAAGUUGCAGACUUUGGCCAGUCAAUCUUAUUACCACUUGAUGCCGAUAUUACUUGCACGGACGAAGAUGGUUUAAAUGUUCAGAUUGAGAUACUACACAUCGGUUGGAUUUUCUACUCUAGUAUUUCCUGGAAGGUUCAUAAGUACUAUUUCUUUGAUGCCGAGAACCCUGACCUUUGUUGGCCGGCUUCAUUCCCAAAUGUUGAUGAUAUUCUCUGUGGCAGGAUAAUCAAGAAGUGUUGGCACGGUGGAUACAGAAGCAUGGAUCAUCUCCAACAUGAGGCACUCGAGUUACUCGUUAGUCACUAA